GGAUGAUGGUUUGUAAACACAAGAGACUGUUUGUGACAUGAGCACUCAUAUCUCAGUCUGUAAAAAUAGCAGCGUGCUCAUGUAGACGCCUGAAAAAGCCACGCGCUGUAAACAGGACUCUGAGUAACAUAGACGACCUUCUCACACAAAUACACAGCUUCCAUCAUGAGAUCAGGCCGGAUGAGUGUUGAUAUUCCUGUGUACGACCUCUCACUGAUUCGAAAACUGUGGGAGGGGCGCGUGAAAAAAUACAGACAGCGACAGAAGAAAGAGGAAGAGCGAAUCAGCAAAAGUGCUUUGACCAAGUUGAAUGUAGAAUGGCAGUAUCGCAUCGCAUGUAGAAAGUUAAAGAGUUCAGAGGUGGAGACGCUGCAGUGUUAUCUAGAGAGAUCAACUCUUACACAACUCGACAUUCUGCCCAACAACAUUAAUAAAGAUGAUAAAGAAGAGGACAAGAAGUUUAUUUUUGAAUUGACUGGAAAUAAAUGGAUGAAAUUACCUGAAGAUCUUCAGUAUAUGACCUAUCUGAAGGAAUGGCACAUCCGUGGAACAAGGAUUCCAGAGAUUCCCACUUAUAUUGAGAUGUUUGUGGAUCUGCGUGUGCUGGAUGUCCCUAAAAACGGUCUGACGAAGCUUCCGGCUGAGAUCGGAAAACUAACCAGCUUAAGGGAAUUAAAUGUAAGUUAUAAUAAAUUGCUCAGCAUUCCAGCUGAACUUGGAGAUUGUGAAAAUCUGGAGCGAUUAGAAAUGACAGCAAACAUCAAUCUGACAGAGUUACCUUUUGAGCUGAGUCAUUUAAAAAAACUGCAGUAUUUGGACAUGUCAGAAAAUCAAUUUGCCACUAUUCCUAUCUGUGUCCUUCGCAUGGAGAAUCUGACAUUUCUGGAUAUCAGUAACAACAGACUCAAAGAUCUGCCUGAAGACAUCGACAGGUCUGUGUCUCAUGAAAUCAUCAUCAUACAAACACAACGCAUGAAUAAGAAUCAUGUGAAAAUCUGCUCUUGUUUUAGGAUUGAGGCAUUAGAGACGGUGUUCCUACACAGAAAUAAGAUCAAAUACAUCCCUAUGUCCAUGAGUAACAUCACACACCUGAAGAUGUUGGUGUUGAGCGCAGAUGAGCUGAUCAGCAUCCCAUCCAGAUUCGUGGAUAAUCCUGACAUCAAAUUAAUCAGAUUAUAUGACAAUCCAUUAAAGACUGAAGAUGAUGAAGAACAUGUGAGUGAGAUAAACACAGAUGAGCAUGAGAAAGAAUUCAUGAAGAUGUAUCUACAAUCAUUGGAGGAAAGAGAAACUCAACCAACCUACACCACAAAAGUGUCACUGAACUGUCUUCUAUAAGAGUCAUCUUCAUCAGUUUACAAUAUGCAUUUGAUCUCAGUAUGAAGUUAUUUGAUUUCAUUAAUUCAUGUUAUUUUCUCAUUCCGAGUGUAAUAGAAGCAGUUUGCACUGAAUAUUACUGACUGUAAUAAAUACUGACUGAUGUGCAAGUUUGAUUUAGAAAGAUUAUUUAUUUCUAAUCUGAUGUGACCAAACAGGGUUGUUUCACAGCAUGAUGAUGAUGAUGAUAAAAAACAAUUUCUCAUUUAUGAUGUAGUCAGUGUGUGUCAGUAGAAUUUAUUCCUGUAAGAUGUUUUACAAAAUGCCUUAUAAAUUAAUUGUUAUGAUAAA